AUGGCAAUUUCUGUUUCAAAGAAGAAAGUUAAGAUUAACAAAAGAGUUGAACAUAAAGAAGAAAGUUUUUUUUUUUCUUCUUUUUUAGCUAAACUUCUGUUUAGGAUUCCAUCUAUAGUCGUUAUCUUGAUUCUUAUCUUCUUAUGGUCUUCUUCUACUACCAUUAUUUCUGGUAAAGUAGUACAUGUUUGCAUCUCAUCGCGUAAACUCAAUGAUCUUUAUUGCAUUUCUGCUGGCACUGAACCAAAUCUUGACACCGUAGUUUCUCCUCUCAAUGGUACUUCUCCUUCUGUUUUUGUUGAUCAAAAGGUACAAAAAUCUAGUCCUCUUGACAUCCCUAUUCCGCGAAACAAAAAUGUUUCUUUCAGAAACAGUAUGGUUAAAAGUGGUGAUGAGGAACUAGUGAUAGCUUAUAAUGAUGUGGAGGAUCAAUUGCAGGUGCAUCGUUCAUGGGCAGCAACGAGCAAAAAUAAUGCAACUUGCGAUGGCAGGGGAAUUUAUGUGUAUGAUUUACCAACAAAGUUCAACAAAGACUUGGUAGCUCAAUGUGCAGAUAUAAAUCCUUGGGUCAACCUCUGCAAGUACUUCAGCAACGAUGCAAUGGGCGAACCAAUACAGAAUCUUGGCAAAGGAUGGUAUCAGACACAUCAGUAUUCACUAGAGCUGAUAUUUCAUUCGCGCGUUCUCAAUCAUCCUUGCAGAGUUCACAAUGCAGAUGAAGCAAAGCUGUUUUAUGUGCCUUUUUAUGGUGGACUUGAUAUUUUAAGAUGGCAUUUCAAGAAUGUAUCGAACGAUGUCAAAGACUCGUUGGGAGUAGAACUUGUAAGAUGGUUAGAAUCACAGAAGCAUUGGUUUCAAAAAUCAGGUAAUGAUCAUGUCUUUGUUUUAGGGAAAAUUUCUUGGGAUUUCAGAAGAUAUAGCAAUACCAUAUGGGGAAGUAGGUUCUUGGAACUAGAUGAAAUGCAGAAUCCGGUUAAGCUCUUGAUUGAACGACAACCAUGGCAAGUUAACGACAUAGGAAUACCACAUCCUACUUAUUUCCAUCCACAAUCAGACAAUGAUAUAAUCGCGUGGCAGGACAGAACCAUCAAGUCAAAUCGAAAAAGCCUAGUGUCCUUCGCUAGUGCAGCAAGGCCUGAUGCACCAGAAAACAUAAGGUCAAUCUUGAUCAACCAAUGCACAUCAGCCAAUGAUCAAGAAUGUAUUUUCUUGAAUUGCAAUUUAGGCAAAUGUGAUCAGCCAGAGUCGAUAAUAGGACUCUUCAUGGAAUCUGAAUUCUGUUUGCAGCCUCCAGGGGACAGUCCAACAAGAAAAUCAGUUUUCGAUUCGUUGAUAUCAGGUUGUAUACCUGUGAUCUUUGAUCCCUUUACAGCAUACUAUCAAUACUCAUGGCAUUUACCAGAAGAUCAUAAAAAGUACUCAGUUUUCAUAGAUCAAGAAGAUGUGAGGAGAAUGAAAGUCAAUGUUGUGGAGAGGCUUAUGCAAAUUCCAACAAAAGAAAGAGAGAACAUGAGAAGUUAUAUAAUAUAUGAGUUGUUACCUGGAUUAGUAUAUGGAGAUCCAAAAUCUAAGCUAGAGAAAUUUCAAGAUGCAUUUUCAAUAACUAUAAACAAUUUGUUUCAAAGAUUGAACAAAUUGGAAUUAUGACAGUAUUGACUUGUUAUACAUGUAUCAUACUUUUGUAUUAGGAAAAAUGAGGAUAAAUUAUAAGUUUCUCACUCAA